AUGGCCCUCGAUAAGAUUCGCCAGUAUUUGCAUGUCGAAUACCAGCCCGGCGAACGGAAGCUCAUCCAGAAGCUUGACCGAACGAACCUGAACAAUGCCUAUGUCUCUGGUAUGAAAGAAGAGCUCGGCUUCGUUGGCGACCAGCUCAACCAGAUCAACACCUGCUUCACUGUAGGCUAUGUCAUUGGCCAGAUUCCCUCUAACCUCUCUCUUCACUAUGUGAAACCGCGAUUCUGGUUUCCGCUCAUGAUGAUCAUCUGGGGCGGCCUCACCAUGUGCACCGCCAGUGUGCACAGCCCCAAGGCCAUCAUGGCCAUCAGAUUCUUCCAGGGAGUCGCCGAAGCAUCAACCUUCGUCGGCACGCACUACAUCCUCGGAGCAUGGUACACGGAGCGCGAGCUCGGCAAGCGAAGCGGCAUCUUCACCGCGUCCGGCCUCGCGGGAACCUUCUUCGGCGGCUUCAUCCAGACCGGCAUCCACAGCAGCAUGGACGGCCUCCACGGACUGAGCGGAUGGCGCUGGCUUUUCAUCAUCGACGGCCUGAUGACCAUCCCGGUUGCCAUCUAUGGCUUCAUCUUCUUCCCCGACACGCCGCACACAACUAAAGCGUUCUAUCUCACUGAGGAAGAGCGCAAGCUGGCUGCGUCCCGCGUGCCCGAGAUCCAGGAGAAAUCGCCGCUCACCUUCCGCUUCGCCAAGAAGGUGCUGACUUCGUGGUACUGGUGGGGAUUCGUCAUGCUUUGGAUCAUCGCCGGAGAGACGGAGUCUUUCAGCACCAACUCGCUUCUAGGACUGUACAUGAAGAGCCACCCGACGAAUAAGUACACCAUCCCCCAGCUCAACAACUACCCUACGGGUGUCCCGGCUGUCGGUAUCGUCUCAACCCUAUUCUGGGCAACCCUCACCGAUUUCCUGGGCGGAAAGCGAUACCUCGUCGCCUACUUCAUCGGCCUCACGGGCGUCGUGACUUCCAUCAUGAUCCUCGUCGCCGCCCAGGACCCAACCAGCGCACACUCCACGUCCGUAGUCUUCGGUGCCUACUAUUGGGCCGGUGCUGUGUACGCCUGCCAAGCGACCUUUUUCGCGUGGUGCAACGACGCGAUGAGAUACGAGGAAGGCGUCUUCCGCGGCGUGGUCCUCGCCGGCAUGAACCUGGGCAGCAACGCAAUCAACGCGUGGUGGAGCAUCGUUUUCUACGGCGCAUCGAUGGCGCCGUGGUUCACCAGGGGCAUGUGGGCCAUGAUCGCUAGCUCCAUUGCUCUGAUCGUCUGGACCACCGGACUCACCUAUCUGACGCACAAAGAGGAUCAGCGGAGAGUUUUGCAUGCCCAGGAAGCGGAGGCAGGGUCCGUUACCAAGGGGACGGAUGGGAAGGAUGAUGAUAACGUUUAA